AUGAGGUUCUUCGGAAGUCUCCUGUUCCUCGCCUCCUUCGCUUGUGCGAGCCCUGCCGAGGUCCAUGGGGAUCAGCAUGAGCUAAGCGUCAACCUUGAAAAGGUGGUGGGCACCAACACAGAGUUCAAGGCGACCGUGACCAACAAUGGAAAGACGGACGUCCAAAUCCUCAAAUCCGGCUCCAUUUUCGACUCCAGGCUAAUCAGAAAGGCCUGGGUCUCUCGCCCAGAUGGCACGAGCGUUGAGUUCAAAGGCAUGACUCUCUCGGUUAACUCGGACGUCCCCCUCGACGAAAACUCUUUCCAGCACAUUGCUUCGGGCGGCAGGUUUGACGUCAUUUUUGACUUGGCCAAGGUGUAUAACCUCUCCGGCGGGGGGAAAUUCGUUGUUGACGCCCAUGGCGUUUUCUUUUUCUUCGAAGGCCAGUCGACGAUCUCUCGCCAGGUUUCCUACAAUUCACCCAGCAUCGAAGUCGAAAUCGACGGGGAGCUAGCAGCGAAAGCCGCCAACGCCAACGAACCGAGAAACGAAGCCCGCUCCGUCAGCAGCUUCGCCCAUUGCACACCUAAACAGAAUGCUAUGCUCGCUCGUGCCAUCAAUGACUGCGUGACUCUGGCGAACGCUGGGAGUGCAGGGGCCCAAAGCUCCGACAGUGACCGCCUUGAGAUGUACUUCAAAAAUUCGUCCCCAUUUGUACGGAACCAUAUUUCGACUGUUUUUGAAGAGGCUCAGCAGCUAUGCGACGUCACCACCUCGGAGAAGGGAUAUCGCGCCAUCUGCCGGACCGAUUAUUGCGGGAAUGACUUUGGAUACAUUAUCGGAAAAGAAAUCGCAUACUGCCCCUCGUUCUUCGAGCCAAGGGGGUACAUAUAUGGGGGAUUAACCGACACUGCAAAGAUCUGCUUCAAACCAAGUCGGGCUCACUUUGUCUUGAAAAAUGCAGUUUCCUUGACAGGCAGGGCCAAAGGCAAGGUGGUUGAGCACCAUGAAAUUAUCAAGUUGCCAAUGGAGCAUGCUAGGGAUAAUCCGGCAAACUACGCCUCGUUUGCGACCAGUGCGAAACUCCAAUGCGUCAAAGAGCUUUCGUGGAAAUGGGCGUGGCAGACGGCGUCGGAGGCCUUUUAUUAA